AUGUUCAUCCGCUGUGCCCUCUCAUCCUCAUACAAAGUGUGUAUUCUUGACACGGUGGUUCCUCUUGAGGUCUGUCUAUGUGCCAGCAGCAUCCUGGAGGAGCCACUGCUGAGUGCUGAGGUGAAGGAGGGAGAGAUUUUGCCUCCCACCAUUCAAAAGCUGAUGAAAGGAUACAACAAAUACCUGAGGCCUUUCUUUGACAAUGGCCCUGUCACUGUAGGGAUGAGUUUGGACAUUGCCAGUAUUGACACAAUAUCAGAGAUCAACAUGGACUACACAGCCACCAUCUUCCUGCGGCAGCGUUGGACAGAUGAGAGGCUGGUCUUUGAAGGCAAUAAGAGCUUGAGUCUGGAUGGGCGUCUGGUGGAGCUGCUCUGGGUUCCUGACACCUUCAUUGUGGAUUCCAAGAAGUCCUUCCUGCAUGAUAUCACCGUGGAGAACCGGCUAAUCCGAAUCUUCCCCAAUGGGACUGUGCUUUACGCUCUCCGGAUCACCACCACUGUGGCCUGCAACAUGGAUCUGACCAAAUACCCCAUGGAUAAACAGACAUGCACCCUACAACUGGAAAGCUGGGGUUAUAAUGUCAACGAUGUGAUGUUUUACUGGGCAAGAGGUAAUGAUUCAGUCAGUGGGUUGGACACUCUGCGUUUGGCCCAGUACACAGUAGAGGAUCAUUACACUUCUGCUUCAGAGGCUGUCUAUGAGACAGGUAAUUAUCCUAAACUCAUUUUCCACUUUGAGCUGAAGAGAAGCAUUCUGUACUUCAUCCUGGAAACCUACGUCCCCUCCAGUCUGCUCGUCGUGCUCUCCUGGGUGUCCUUCUGGAUCAGUCAGUCAUCUGUGCCUGCUCGCAUAUGUAUAGGAGUUACGACGGUGUUAACGAUGACCACUCUGAUGAUGGGUGCAAGGACGUCUCUGCCUAAUGCUAACUGCUUCAUCAAGGCAAUAGACGUGUAUUUGGGAAUUUGUUUCAGUUUCAUCUUUGGAGCAUUGAUAGAGUACGCUGUUGCUCACUUCUGCACACUACACCAUCCAGAGUACAACAGUGCGCUUACGCACAUGCAGGACUGCGAAGAGGAGAUCAAUGGGAUUGUCACCACCAUUGCCAGUGAUUCCAACCGAGCAAAGCGCCGUAAGGACGUUCCAACCCCUGCUCCUUUAUCAUCCCCUAGCAGAGAGCCUGAUCUCAUGGCCCAAACCCCUUCUCACCCAGAGCCUAGGACCCCGGAGGCCCUGGAGGAUCCUCUUAACCGCUGUAUCAGAAACCUGUCCCUCAUACGACAGACGCUCCGCUCUGUGAACUGCUGUCAUGUGGAGAAUCCACAUUACAUAGACAACUACUCUCGUGUAACGUUUCCCCUCUCCUUUGUCGUAGUCAACCUUCUCUACUGGACUUACUAUCUGUACUUUUAA